UUCAUUCACUUUAACACACCUAUCCUCUGUCUCUCAGAUACAGACAGAUCUACUUCUUUGCUCUCUUUCACUUGAUAAUCUGCAGCUUGACUUGGAUAGUUUUUAUGUUGUUUUUCUUUUGACUCUUGAAAGAUUGAACUCAAAGGAUAAUGUCUUCAUUGAUGGGAGCAAGGAGGCGCAGUAAUUGAUUGAUAAGUGGAGCUGAGAAGAGCUGGAAAGGAGGAACAGGUGACUAGAGGAGGAAGACGAGUAUGGGGCAUUCAUCUGUCUGGAUCUUUCUGUUGUGCUUCACACUCUUUCAUCAAAGGGCUGCAGCACAAGCUGAAGCUUGCAGGACAGCAGUUCAAGCAGACAUUGUGUUCCUGGUGGACGAGUCAUGGAGUGUGGGUCAGACCAGCUUUUCCAGAGUCAAAGACUUCAUCUCAGCCAUCAUGUCCUCCUUUCAGGACAACACAGUAGGAGCUGAGGGGGUUCGCUUUGGAGUCACGCUCUUUGGGGAUGUUCCAAGGAUGCUGGUUGCUUUGACAGACUACAGUUCACUAGAGGAGGUGCUCAGAACUGUUGGAGACCUCCCCUACGGUGGAGGAUCCAGGAAAACAGGCAGUGCUCUGCAGUUUCUUGUAGAUUCUGUGUUCAGCCCUGCCAUCAGCAGAGACUUUACCCCAAAGAUUGCUGUUUUGAUCACAGCGGGGAGCUCUGAUGACCGGGUCGAUCUUGGUGCCAAAGCAGUUGCAGACAGUGGGAUAACACUCUUUGCAGUUGGUGUAAGAGGAGCUGAUGUGUCGGAGCUAAGAAGGAUUGUGUCCAAGCCCUUCGAGGAGCAUCUUUUGCAAUGUGCAGAUUUCUAUCUCCUGGAAACACUUCUUCCUAAACUGUCCCGGAGGUUAUGCAUCAGUGCGUCUGAGCCACCACGACCUGUAAAAAUCACUAAGCAAAGUGAAGAGAAUGUGGUGGGUCCCAGAGACCUGCAGGUGAGCGAGUUAGCUCACAGCUCGCUCAGGCUUACAUGGAGCCAAGCUACAGGUGAUGUCACUGGAUAUCGCCUCCUGAUCACACCUCUCAGCUCUAAGGGUCAACUCCUGCUGAAUCAGCAGAGACAGCUGAAUCUGAAGGCAGAUGUGAGCUCCACCAUGGUGAUGGAGCUGAGUCCAAAGACAGAGUAUUCUCUCACCCUCUAUGCUAUCUACCCAAACCUCAUUGGCAACUCUGAAACAAUCCCAGUGAAAACAGCUUCGUUACCCAAAGUAUCAAACUUCCGUGUUAUCGAAGAAGGUCCCUUCUCUCUACGUCUUGGCUGGACACCUCCUCUGGGAAAGCUCAACGGGUUCAAGAUCUUUAUACCUAGGUCCAACAGACCAGGAUUAACAUACGAGCAGCUGCUUCCUGGGGACAUCUCCUCUCAUGUGAUUGACAGCCUGGAGGAAGAUAAAAAGUAUACCAUCAGUAUCUAUGCUGUUUAUCCCGAGGGGCCAAGUGAACCAGUGUCCAUAGCGGGAAAAACACUAAAAGUAGUACCAGUUAAGCAAUUUUUGGUCCAGAAUGCCACCACAGACACUGUGCAAGCAAGGUGGCAAUCAGUCAAGGGAGCAACGGGAUACCGUCUGACAUGGGCGUCCCCAGAUGGCCACAUAGAGAACAUCAACCUUGGAGAUAACUUCAACUUCUACAUGAUCCAGGGCCUUCACUUAGGCUCUGAGUACACAGUCACAAUUAACCCCAUCUUUGGAGACAUUGAAGGGCCAGUCACCACCAACAAAGUCAAAACAUUGGAAAGCAGUGCUGUUCAGACUUUAAAGGUCUCCGCUGUAAGCACCAAUUCAGCUGUUGUGUCUUGGAACAAAGUCCCAGGGGCCACAGGUUACAGGCUGGCAUGGGGACCCACCCCAGAGUUUAUUGGCAGAGAUCGUCCAAGACAGUUGGCUUUGAACAGCAGCACUACAGAGUACAAGCUAAAGAACGUUGCCCAUGAUACAGAAUACGUGUUGACACUAUAUGUGCUGUUUGGGUCUGCUGUUGGGCCUGGGAUCUCUGCAACCUUCCGAACUUCUCCUUUAGGUUAUGUGUCAAACUUUAAGGUGACGUCGUAUACCAGUACCUCUAUAGCAGUAGAGUGGAGUCCCAUUGUUGGAGCAACAGAGUACAAACUUUCCUGGUACACAGAUGAUAGCAAACCACAGUUCCAGUAUUUGGACCGAAGUGUCCUGUUGCACCAGAUUAAGGAUCUCAACCCACAGACCAUCUACACCAUUACCAUCUGUGCAGUUUAUGGAAACUCAGAAGGACCAGAGAUCUCUUUGUCUCAACUAACGGCUGCAGUGUCACAGACGGAGCCAAUCCAGCCAGUUAGGGAGUUGAAAGUUGUGGACAUUGGACUUAAUUCCUUCACCCUGUCUUGGAAGAAAACACCAGGAGUUUCAGGAUACAAAGUUUCCUGGAUUCCCUUUCUUGGGGGUAAAGAAGAGUCCCAAGUGGUACCUGCUGCUUCCACUACCUUCACCAUGGGCAACCUUCAGGAGAGCUCGGCAUAUAAGAUCCAGGUUUCCCCUGUAGUUGGUAGCAGAGAAGGUAGUCCGGUUCUGGUAACUGCACGAACUUUGGAUCUUGCAAAAGUGGAGGGAUUUUCUGCUCUAAACACGACUGAGAGCAGCACAGUUCUGAACUGGACCCGUGUAGCAGGAGUCUCUGGCUAUCUUCUCUCUUGGAGGCAUAUUUCAGUGUUGGAGACAAAAACCGAAACUCUGGGUCCUGCCUUUUCAUCCUAUAAGAUCAGUGACCUGCAGUAUGGCAGAACAUACAUUUUCUCCAUCAGGCCUUUGUAUGGAGAAGUGGAGGGACCUAUAAGCACCGUAUAUCAGAGAAUACUGGGGCGGGAUGAUGUUGUGAAACCAGACCAGUCUGUUCCAGCCACUGUGGCUCCUAACUCCCCUCCCAUCACUGCUGACCCCCCAACUGCCUCCACCAUUACUCAACCAGCCACCAGAGUCCCUGACCCCCCCACAGCUCCACCGCCUACUAAAUCCAUAACUAAAAAGCCACUGAUUGAGCCCAGCGUCACUGAAGCCAAGAAGGUCACAGUCACGUCCAUGAAACUGAGCACAACUGCCACAAAACUAACAGCUCCACCACAGCCAGUGUGUGGGAAGACCAAAGCAGACAUAGUGUUUUUGGUGGAUGAGUCCUCAAGCAUUGGAGUUAAUAACUUUGCCAAGAUGAAAGACUUCAUGUUUCGAGUGGCUACUUACUUCCCUGUUAUCGGCUCGCAUGGCACACAGAUAGCUGUGGUUCACUACAGCGAUGAGCCCCGCGUUGAAUUCAAUUUAAGUGACUUCAAAGACAGAAACUCUUUGCUCAGGGCUAUCAGAGGGCUGCGUUACACAGGUGGCAACACCAAAACAGGGAAAGGCAUCAGCUAUGUCCUACAGGAAUUGUUCAAGGAGUCUUUGGGAAUGAGGCACGACGUGGCCCAUGUUCUGGUUCUGAUCACAGAUGGCAGGGCCCAGGAUGAUGUGAUGCCACCUUCCAGGAUUGCCCGGGCUUUAGGGGUUAGCAUUUUAGCAGUUGGAGUUUCGAAUGCAGACAUCGAGGAGCUCAACAAAAUUGCAGCUCCCAGCAGUUAUACAAAUAUCUUUUACUCGCCCACCUUUGAUGACUUCCCCUCCAUAGAGAGAGAAUUUAUCCAGAGCAUCUGCAGCGAAGAGCUUCUUUCUGAAUUCAAACUAGAGGAUGAGUUUGCUCAGUUGGAUACACCGACCGAAGACCCAGAGGAGCUGAAUAAGCCUUUAGAUCCCUGCUCCUCACAGUGUGUCAAGGGCCAGAAAGGGGAAAAGGGAGAUGGUUUUGGUCUUGGAGGUCUGAGAUUCAGGCAAAGUCCUGGACAGUUUGAUCCUUUCAUAUCAUCCAAAGGAGAAAGAGGAGAGAAAGGCUCUCCUGGAACAGAUGGUAUCCCUGGGUUACCAGGGCGACCGGGAAGGACUGGACCACCUGGUUCUGCUGGUCAGCGGGGCCUUCCAGGUGUCCCAGGGGAUAUGGGUCCCCCUGGCCUCCCUGGCUCAAAGGGACAGAGGGGAGAGAGGGGAGAGCCUGGUUAUGUUAUAGCUGGAACAGAUUCAAAUUAUGUACCUGGAAGAAAAGGAGAACCCGGAUCUUCGGGCCCGCAGGGACCACCUGGGGUACCAGGAGCAAAUGGAUCCCCUGGCCUCCCUGGCCAACCAGGCCCACCAGGAUCACCAGGAAUAUCUGUGAAAGGAGAUCCUGGAGUGCCGGGAGCCAAAGGUUUGCGGGGGAAGCAAGGCAUUAAAGGAGACAAAGGAGAGCCGGGAAUAGAUGGUAUUGCAGGUCUUCCUGGUCCCAUUGGUAUAGAUGGCGUACCAGGAUUACAAGGUCAGAAAGGAGAAAAGGGUGAAGAUGGGCUUGGUAUACAAGGAGUUCAAGGUCCUCCAGGAGAGAAAGGAGAGAAGGGAAAUAUGGGCCUUACAGGAACAGAUGGAACAAAGGGUGACCGUGGAGACCAAGGCAUCCCAGGACUAGGUGGACCCCGGGGAAAAAAGGGAUUGAAAGGAGAGAAAGGGGACAAGGGAGAGCAGGGAGAAAAGGGAUCUGAUGGACCUCAAGGACCUCAUGGACUAACUGGGCCGAUGGGUUUAAAAGGAGACGAAGGACCAAGAGGAGCCCCAGGAGAUCCUGCCAAGGGUAUAAUUGGGCCAACUGGAAAAAAGGGUGCCAGGGGAGAUGUCGGCCCGGUUGGACCCACGGGUCCUCAGGGAAUCAAAGGAGACAGAGGAGAUAAAGGACAAAAGGGAAGUCCUGGUUUUGGGAUACCAGGUUUGCCUGGACAAAAGGGGAUAAAUGGUGAGAGGGGAAAUGUUGGACUAUCAGGAAAACCAGGGCCAAAGGGCAGGGAUGGUGCAAAAGGCGAAAAGGGGACUGUUGGCUUACCUGGAAAUCCUGGAGACCCAGGAUUAAGAGGUAAAGAUGGAGCAUCUGGACUUAAGGGAGAACCAGGGAUGAAGGGUGAACCAGGGUCAACAGGAGAGCCUGGUGAAAGAGGAAUUAGGGGUCCACUGGGGUUACCGGGGCGACCAGGUGACCCUGGAGAAAAAGGCGAACCUGGUGUUCCUGGUGUUGAUGGAAAGAAAGGUGACAAAGGAGAGACGGGGAAACCUGGACCUCCGGGAACACAAAUUGUGGCUGACAACAACAUUCUGACCAGAGUCAUCAAGGGUGACCCUGGAGAACCGGGUCAGCCUGGCUUGAGAGGAGAAGCAGGUUUACCUGGACCAAGGGGUCCAGAAGGGAAACCUGGAUUACCAGGACAGUCUCAGGGCUCUGGAAAAGAUGGACUUGACGGUGUUCCAGGAAAACCCGGAGUAAAGGGUGACAAAGGGCAAAAAGGAGAGCCUGGUCCAAGAGGAGAAAAGGGAGACCAAGGGAUUGCUGGAAUGCCUGGAUUACCAGGAAGUCCGGGGAGACCAGGAAUAGAUGGGAAAAGAGGCCUGACUGGAAAAGAUGGUGAAAAAGGACCCAAAGGAGAUGAUGGAAAAAAGGGAGAUAAAGGAGAUUCAGGUGUGAAUGGGAAGGAUGGAAACAAAGGGGAGCCAGGGCCUCCAGGCUUGCCUGGUAGGCAGGUGCUUGUCACUCCUGAGGGAUCCACAAUUGAUGAAAUCCGGCAGGCAUUUCCAAUCCCGAUGGGUCCACCAGGAGCUACUGGGGCACCAGGAAUGAAGGGUGAUAAAGGUGAACAAGGCCUGAAAGGGGAUAAGGGUGAUGCUGGAGCUCCUGGAAAGUCUCUGGAGAUGAAGGACAUUGAGAGGAUGUUUGAAGAUUAUGGAAUAAGGCUGCCUCUGUUGAAGGCUUUGAUUGACAGGCUGCUGCAGGACGGUAUAGAGGAGCUGCUUCAUGUGCUCAUUUCAUCCAAGAAAAAGGAAAAAACAGACACUCACACCUCCAAUGUCAUCACUGAGUACACAAGUUCCUUGAAAUUUGACCUCACCAGCCAGCCACUGACAGAACUGGACACUGAGGACAGAGAUUUAGAGGACCAGCUUGGUGAUACUUUGUCAUCCGAUCCUUUGUCUGAAACUCUGGAGGGUCCGACAUUGUGGACCAUGACUACAGUAGAUGGAGAAGAGAAAUUAAAUGAUAUUGAGACCAAAUUAACAGGAUCCAAAGAGACGGGAGAAGAAGAAUGGGAUAGGGCCGAAGAGUCAUCACUUAAAAGGAAUCAGACUCUGGUCAACUCUACUUUGAACUAUACGAAUGAGACAGUCUCAGGGUUGCCUAAAACUGUUCUGGAGACUGUUCUCCUCACUCAGGAUGACCCACUGAAGAAGAACGCUGCACCAAAGAAGAAGAACAGGGGACAUGGGAAAGGCAAAGGAAAUAAAGGACGGCAUAAGAGGCAGAGACAUCGCCUGAUAAGUAAUGAGCAAAAAGAAGAAGAAAAUGAGGAAUUUUAUGGCAGCGAAGAAUACACUUAUGAAUAUGAGGAAGAACCUCUCCCUGAUGAAGAAACAGUCUCUUGGGCGAGGACAGAGAAAACAGAGGAGGAGCAGUUAUCCACUCAACUUCCUCCCCAGUUUGAAACCUCCAGUCGUCCUCUAGCCACUGACCAGGAAACGAAUGCUCAGAUUAUUACAACACCAACAGUCUCUCCAUUACAGCUUAAGGCUGGUGUAGAAAAGGAAAAUGUGGCACUGCCUACUCCUCCAGCAACAGGAGAACCAGAUGAGGCACCUGGACUUCAAACUAGAGUGAAAAGAGACACCUUUAGGCAUGACUCAAUGGUAUUUAUGCCAGGUGCUCCAGGUGGAAGAAAUCGGAUUAAAGAAAUACAAAAACAACUGGCCUCUGGUGCUCAGGGUUACAGCAAAUGGAGAACAGAAAAGCUCCUCAACAAUGUCAACAGUAGAGAAAUGGAAGAGAAAAAGUUAUACAGUGAGAUAAACAGAGAGGUAAUAUUUGGAGAAGAUGAUCUGACUGGAGGAGAGGGGGUAGCCGAACCAGGUGGAUACCCAGAAACUGACCCGGAUCCAGUCUAUGAGGAGAUAGAGGAGGAGAGGAGUGGCGACUAUGACUGGGAGAUGGAGGAAGAUGUAGAUCGGGAAAGGGAAAAUGAAGAGGAAGAGGAGUUGGAGAGGCAAAGAGUGAGGGAGAGGUUGGAAAUGGAAAGGGAAAGAGAGGAGCUGGAGAAGGAGAGGGAGGCUGAAUAUGAGAUGGAGAAAGAGGAAGAUGUGGAUGGGGAGACGACGGAGCAGGACGUUGAUAGAAACUUGGAAAGGGAGGAGUGGGAAAGGCAGAGUGCAGAGAUGGAGAGGCAAAGGUUGGGGGGAUACAGUGAAGAAACUGGACAGCCAUCACCUUAUCCUCCUGAGUACUUUUUUCUGAAGGGGCACCCAGGUGAAAAUGGGAAACCGGGACCAAAGGGUGAAAUUGGUGAAAAAGGACAAAAGGGUGAGCCAGGCAUUGGCCAUAGAGGACCAGAGGGACAAGCUGGUCCUCCAGGGCAAAAGGGUGAGCCAGGAGAACCAGGACCUCCAGGAGCGCAGGGCAUCCAAGGUAUUCGUGGAAAUGCAGGAAUUCAUGGCUCCCCAGGAUUUAAGGGGAAUCCAGGUGACCCAGGAGAACCAGGCAGAGAUGGUGAACGGGGUAAAAGAGGGAAGAAUGGAUCAUCUGGACCUCCAGGACCUAGAGGGCCACCAGGACCUGAUGGUCUUCCUGGAUUACCUGGUGUUAAAGGAGAAAAGGGUGAUGGCAUUCCAGGACAGCCUGGUGCUAGAGGGUUGCCUGGUCCACCAGGGAGAACGGGGGAAAAGGGCACACCAGGCAAUAAAGGAACUCCGGGUCAUAUUGGUCCAAAAGGCUUACGUGGUAGCAAAGGAGAAAAGGGAGAUCGUGGGGUACCUGGACUAAGAGGAGAAAGGGGGAGUGUGCUUCAGAUUCAGGGACCUCGUGGUUUCAAGGGUUUCAAAGGGGAUGCGGGUGAGAGAGGUCUACCAGGUUUUGACGGAGAUAAAGGAGAGAAGGGUGAGGAUGGGCCACCAGGAGUUAAGGGCCUUAAGGGGGAUGCAGGCACUAAAGGUGCACUCGGACGAUUUGGAGCACGAGGACCAGUAGGCCAGAAAGGGGAGCCAGGAGAGCCAGGGCUGAAUGGAGUCAUGGGAAGCAAUGGAAAGCAUGGAAAAGAUGGAGAGAAAGGUGACAAAGGAGAUAUUGGACUUCAAGGCAUGAAGGGCAAUCAGGGUGAUCCUGGAGAACCUGGCUUACCAGGAGAAAGAGGAGAAAAAGGAGAAAAGGGUUUCAGGGGUUUUCAUGGACGCACUGGUAGUCCCGGUCUAGAUGGUGAAAAGGGAGAUCCGGGUUUGCCUGGUAGUGCAGGUUUACCAGGACUUAAUGGACUCACAGGGCGUAAGGGUGAUAAAGGAGAAGGAGGGACCAAUGGGAGUGACGGUGAUCCAGGACAGAAAGGAGAUAAGGGUGCUACAGGGUUCCCAGGAUUUCCAGGCUUCAAGGGAUCAGCUGGAAGUCCAGGAAGAGAUGGAGAUGAGGGACCGCCGGGACCUCCAGGUCCUCAUGGUGAUCCAGGGCCUAAGGGCGAGAGAGGCAGAAGAGGCAAAUCGAAACCAUGUCAGAGGGGGCUGCCUGGAACACAAGGGCUACGAGGAGAAACUGGUUCAGAGGGUUUGGAAGGAGCGAAAGGAGAGAAAGGAGAGCCUGGACUAUCAGCUGAGGAAGUAAAGGAGCUUGUCACUCAGGAGGUGGUAGAAAAAUGUGGGCUGGAAUACAAGUUUAUGGUGAAGUCUGUGGAUCCUGAUGCAUCGUAUGUGGUACCUGGAAGCAAAACUACCACUAAGCUAGAAGAGUUUGCGGAUGCUAUCUCUACUGCUGAAAGUAUUGAUUGGAGGGAACAAAGCAUUCGGAAAGAUGAACAUAACAUCAAGAUGAAAGAAAUGAAAAGUGUUUCUCUGCUAAAUCUUGAAGAAGCCCAGAUUUCACUUAACCUCACUGAUCCUCUUGAAGGAUGGGCUGUGAAGUCGAGAGAGAGGAGGAGGAGAAGAAGAGUAUCUGGUACCAAGGAUACUGUGACAGACCGCUGUUUGCUGCCAAUGUCAGAAGGAGCUUGUUUGGACUACGCACUGGUCUGGUAUUUCCACAUCCAAUCAGGGAAAUGCAGGCCUUUUGUUUAUGGUGGCUGUGGUGGCAACCAAAAUCGAUUUCCAUCCAGAAAGGAGUGUGAAACUCUAUGUGUGAUAAAAGGUGGCGCUAUAGACUUUAUGGAGGAACUACCUUCAGACAGAUGAUCCUAUCCUGGAAUCAGCUGUCUGACAAAGUUUCAGUAAAUCAAUAUGGUGUUAUGCUUUGUUUUCGUUUUCUGUGUUUUUUUUUAUACAUUUUUUUGUGUGUGUGAAAAUUUUUGUUUUUUUCUUCUUACAAAUGUUUAAUUCUGACAAAAUUGUUGACCAAAAUAUGAACAAAUGUUCAAAUCUGUAUUUUAUCUUUACUUUUGUCAUGUUUUUUAUGGGUAAAACCAACUUGAUUGGACCUAUUUAAUGUGAUUAUAAGGAAUGCUACUGAAAAAAUAAAACUGCUUUGUGUUUGUGAUUUUA